GUGAGCUCACCGGAAACACACGAAGAAGAACGCAGCUCCACACGUGCAGACAGGAACAGAGAUUCUCCGUGAGCCUGCUGAAGAUGGAGGACGUGAUCAAGCUGCCGGGGACGGAGGACGGGAAAGCGGCCCGGAAGAGGACUCGAGCUCCGGAGGUGGACCCGCAGGAGGAAGAGGAGACGCGGCGGGCCAACGCGGAGAGGCUGUCGGUGCUGGGGGGGGAGGACGCCUCGGUGAGGCUGCUGGAGGAGCUGGUGUUCGGAGCCGAGGAGGAGCUGCUGGAGAGACUCGUGGAGGAGGACGAGGAGGAGCAGGCCGGAGCCCUAUUGGUGGAGGACGGAGACCAUGUGUCAUGUGACUCGGAGGAUGACGGCGGUUGCGUGCAGAUCAGAGAGGCUGCUUGGGUGGAUGAGGAUGACGAGCAGGAGGAAGAGGUGGACAUGAAGCAUCGUUACCGCAAAGACCUGAUGAAAGGAGAGGCGGAGUUAACGAUGUCCAAUCAGAAGCUGCAAGAGAGGAUGAGAGCGCAAUUUCAGAAGGUGAUGGGAGGAGCUCCGUCGUGGGCCGACAGCAACGCCAAGAAGAAAAAGAAAGCAGCAGCAGCAGCUGAUGAUGAUGAUGAUGAGGAGGAGCUCACGAGGAGGACGGGGAACUUCGUGGCGUCUUCAGAUCGUUUACCCAGCGGCAUCCUGAGAAUGAAGAAGUGUCUCCACGCUAACUCCUCCCGUCCUUCGGAGGACCGACUCAGCACCGUUCAGUUCCACCCCUCCGCUCAGGUGGUCUUGACGGCCGGCCUCGACCAAUCGGUGUCCCUCUUCCAGGUGGACGGGAAGACGAACCCAAAGAUCCAGAGCAUCCACUUGGACCGGUUCCCGGUCCACAAGGCCCAGUUCAGCCUGCAGGGGGACACGGUGAUCGCCACCGGCCUGAAGAACAAGAUGUUCUACCUGUAUGACAUGAUGGAGGGCCGGGUCACACCUGUGCACAACGUCAGAGGUCUCAAUGAGGCGCGGGUGAAGGAGUUCUCUGUGCGUCCUGACGGAGGAGAACUGCUGCUGACUGGAACCAGCGGAUACCUGCACCUCCUCACGCUCAAGACGAAGGAGGUCGUUCUCAGCUUGAAGGUCAACGGCGACGUGGUGGGCUCGUCCUUCUCUCAGGACGGCAGCAAAGUCUUUGCCAACUCGGAGGACGGAGAGGUGUUUGUGUGGGACAUGCGGAGCAGUCGCUGCCUCAGCAGGUUCACAGACGAAGGAUGCGUCAAAGGGACGUCGAUCGCCACCUCGCCUGAUGGACAAUAUCUGGCCUGCGGCUCUCAGUCGGGCGUGGUCAACGUGUACUCCCAGGAGGCGUGUUUGAAGUCAACGCAUCCCAGGCCUCUGAAAGCAGUGAAGAACCUGCUGACCUCAGCGACCUCUCUGACCUUUAACCCCUCCUCCGAGAUCCUGGCCAUUGCCUCGCGAGCUGAGGACGAGGCCGUACGCCUGCUCCACCUACCCAGCUUCAGCGUCUUCUCCAACUUCCCCGUCUCCAAGAGGAAGAUCAUCUAUCGAACCAGCUGCCUUGACUUCUCCCCUCACAGCGGCUUCCUCUCACUGGCUAACAACAAGGGACACGCCCCUCUCUUCAGGUUGCUUCAUUACAAAGACUUCUGAGGAGGACGCGUCUCUUAUUUUAUGCAGAAACUCUAUUAAAGAACUGAAACAAUU